AUGCCUGGAAUCAUCACUAAACCACACCUCGACAUGGUUCGGGCGUACGAUACCAAUGGUCUCUUAACACCUAUAUCCCCAAAUGUCGGCUCAGGAUUCCCACAUCAUGGUAAAAACAUUUCUUCCGUAUUAGAAGAAAUGGAUUGGACUCCAACAACUACAAAAACAUUCGAAAAAGUAUCACAAGAUGUCCCAAUGACACCUAUUUCUCCACUCAUUCAAAAAUCCAAUUUCCCACAACCUUUCACGUCGAUAGAAAACAAAUCCGUUUAUUCCAUCGAUACCAUCUCAGCCGAACCAAAGUUGAUAUCCGAGCCAUUCUCCGAAUUAGAUAAACUUAAAAGAACAUAUGAUUCCAAAGAUAUCUUCACAACUUUAGAAGAUUUAACAAAUAUUCGUACACUUAUCAUCUCUUCACAUCCUACGACACUAUGUUCGACUUUAUCUUAUCUACCCAAUGUUCUAAAUCUCGACACACUCCAUUUUGUUCUUCCUCCCGGUGGAACUUUCAUUUUCACUCAUAAUCAUUUAUGUCCUCUUGGAUUAUCCUGUAUUUUCCGUCAUUUAACAGCGAAGAGAAUUAUCUAUCAUAAUUCUGUCAUUCAUUCUUCAGCUUGUCAUUUAGACCAUCGUGACUUUCCCUCGGGAUGCGAGAAAUCGGUUUAUAUGUUAGAUACUAGAUAUCAUCAACCUGGAAGUCUUUUGUUGAAAAUGUUACGUCGAUGGAGUAAGAAUUUAGGAGAAGGGAAAGAAGUAGAGUUUGUGAUACGUCCUUGGCUCGAGAGAGGUGCUGAGAGAUCUCAUCGUUUGAAGUUGAAGGCGAUCACUUUGGGGGAAUAUAUCAAGGGAUAUCAAUUCCGUGUGAAGGAGAGUAAUUGGGAUCAUGAGGAAGAGGAGGAGAUGGAGAAAGAAGAAAGAGAACGAGAGGGGAAGGGUUUAGGGAAUGGGAAUGAGAAUUGGUUAGGAAGAACAGGUGUCAAGAAACAAGAAAUGGGAUUGAUAAGUAUGGAAGAUUUGGAAAUGUUAGUUUUGAACGAUAUGGUAGGAGGAGAAGGAUGGAAAAGAGGUGGAGUGAUCGAUAAUUGGAAAGAAGAUAAAUGGACUUCGUCGGAAACUUGGGAUCAAGUUAGGGUUUUAAGUUGGGAAUUGAGAAGAUAUCUUUCCACGGACGAGGAAGAUUGA